AUGGAUCCUAAGAUCGCCAAGAAAACCCAAGACACCUUGGGAAAGAUUAUUAAAAAGCCACCGCUUACGGAUAAAUUGUUGGGCAAGCCGCCGUUUCGGUUUCUUCACGAUAUCAUGACUUCUGUAAUUAAAACCACAGGGUUUAUGCAAGGCUUGUUUACAGAGACAGAGAUGAACUCAGAAAAUGUAAAGGAUAAGGACGCAAAGAUUGCAUUUCUUCAGAAAGCUAUUGAUAUGGUCUCUGCUGUUAUCGGCAAAGAUCUGAGUGUGCGGCCGGCAAAAAUUGUCGCAGGCCACGAACCAGAGAAAACCAACGAAUUUUUACAAGCUUUAACUGAUGCCAUUAAUAAAAAUGUUGAUAAUGAUGAAUAUGUGAAAAGAGUAUUAAAGGGAGGAAAAGCAGGUGGGUCAUCUAAAGAUGAAAGAAAGGAGGAUAAAAAAGACAAAGCAAGAAGUGAGGAUAAGAAGAAAGGACAAGAUUUAGAGGAGAAAGGAGGGCGAGAGAAAGAGAGUAAAAAAUCAGAACCUAGCGGAGACUCAGGAGAUCAGGAAGCGGAGCGUAAACGUGACCGGGAUCGAGACAAAGAUCGGCACAGGGAUAAAAAACCAGACAGAGAACGAGAAAAAGAUCGUCACGGAGAACGGAGGUCUGACAGGGAUGGAGAGAAAGACAGAGAAAAGCAUAGAGAACGUGAAAGGGAAUCUAAAACAAGGGACAAGUCUAGAGAAGGCAGGGAGGAAAGAAACAGGAAGAAGGAUAAGGAAAGAUCUAAGAAGAGAGAUCAAAGUCGGGACAAAGAGAACGAGUCUCCAGGCAGAGACAAGGCUCAAGCAGAGACAGAAGAAAGACAGGAACCUUCCACAAGAUUACAAAGACCCGCCUCAGCCAAGGGCUCUCGUCGCAGAAGAGAAGAUGAAGAGGUCCCUCGACCGAGAGAGCCCAUGCUUGGGGAAGGAGAUCUGCCUCCACAAGUUGUUGCUGCACGCCAGUUGGGCAGACCCUCAAGUGCUAGGCCAGCCCCGCCUCGACCGAAGCAAGAAACUCUAGAAUCGGAGCCAGCCAUGAGGCUUGGCUCAGGUCAACCAGCUGUUGUGAUAGCUGAUAAUGAUGAUGAUGAUGAUGACGACAACUUCCUGGUGCAAGAAACAGCGCCCCCUCCACCUGAUCCAGAUCUUUCACAGCUCAAACCACUGGAUGAUUCAGAUACCACACAUGGUGCUCUUGUUCAGAAGAUGUUGGAGUCAAAGAAGGAAGUCGAGAAAGGAACUAAGAAGACAGAAAUUGAAAGACCUCUAGUUUCUGAUGCUCAGCGCAGAAAACAGCGCGAGAUUGUGCAAAAGGAAGUUGAUAAACUUCGUCUGAGCAUACAAAAUCUCACAAGAAGUGCUAACCCUCUUGGGAAGGUGAUGGACUAUGUGCAAGAAGACAUGGACUCCAUGCAGCAAGAGCUGGACAAGUGGAGGGCAGAGAAUGCCCAACAUGCCCUGGAGUUGAAGAGGGAAAUGAAUGUCACAGAUCGGGCCAUUGAUCCUUUGAGGCAACAGUUGGCCGAACUUGACCAGGCUAUCAGUGACCAGCUCGACCGAAUAGCGGCUGUGAAGUCCAACAUAAUCAAGAAUGACCAGAAGAUACAGAAGAUGCUGCAAGGAAUCUCCAGCUCAUGA